AUGAGUACGGAAUCGGUGGAUUCGGUCGGUUUUCAGCCCCCACCCAAUAUGGCGCAUCAUCAAGGAAGGGGCCGGCUGCAGGGCGGUGGUGUCACCAAGAUCUAUAAUCAACCGGUAAGGGUUUUCGUUUUGGGGUGGGGUAAGGCAUGGUAGGGUAGACAAGGUAUAGUUGGUAGGGAGGGUAGGGCAAGGCGGGGUAAUUUAGAUCGGGGUAGCGCAUGAUAAGAUAGGCAAGGUGUGGUUGGUAGAGUACGGUAAGACGGGAUAUGUUUGUUAGGGUAAAGCAGAGCAAUUUAGGGUACGAAGUUUCAAAAUUUUUGAAAAAAAAUUUAAAAUUUAAAAAAAAAUUAAAUUCCAGAACUUCAAAGACUACAAGCGAAAAGUCGACCACAGAAUCAGCUUUGUCAUAGUUUUAUGUCUUCUAACAUUGACUACGUUAACUUGCAUAUACGCGUUUGGAUCACUGAAGAUCAAUAAUGACUUGGGGCAUUAUGUUGACAGAGUAUUUCAUAUGAUCAAGGUUAGGCAUUUUUAAUACUUUCUUUUGUUCUUUAGGGGCUUGAAAUGUUGUUUUUGAGGUAUAAAUGGCAUUUUGUUACUAAAACGUUCAUUUUAUAUUUUAAAAUGGCAUUUUGCAACCUAAAUGUCAUUUUAUUACCUAAAAUGACAUUUUGUUACUUAAAAUCUUAUUUUAUGUCUUUAAAUGACUUUUUGUAAACUUAAGACAUCAUUUUAUUUCUCAAAAUAGCUUUUUGUUACCUAAAAUCUUAUUUUGUAUUUAAAAAUGGCACAAAAUUUCAUAUAAACAAAAGAAACAUCAUUUAUUACCUAAAACACUUUUUUUUCAGCGCCAAAACCGUCACCGCACUUGUGUAAAAGUGCAAAGCGAAGAAGGCUGGGUUGAGGAAUGUACGAACACAACUUCACAUGAACAACUCGAAGUUGAGCCGUCAGAAAGAACAGAAGAAUCAAACGAAGAACUUGAUGAUGUUCAAGAAGAGGCUUUGGAAGAAAGCGUGGAGAGGGCUAAGAGGGUGGGUUUAUUAAAGUUUGUGAAGUACGGUAAGGCAAGAUUGAGAUAAGCGUUGAUGUGGUUUAUGGUAGGGUAGGGGUAGAAAUAAGAGUAAGGGUAAAGGUAAGCUAAUGUAGGGUAAGGAUAGGAUACGGUACAGUAGGGUAGAGUAGAAUAUGGUAAGGUAGGGUAGGGUCGAGUAGGGUAGGGUAAGAUAAGGUAUAACAAGGCAGGAUAGAGUAGAGCAUAUCAGGGAGGAUGAAAUUUUAAAUUUUUCGAAAAAUGUUAAAAUAAAAAAAAAUUUUUUAAUUUUAAACAUUUAAAUUUGUAGCAAGAAGCAGAAGUUGACGACCUCUUCCCAACCGGUAGUCGAGUACCACCUGGAGCUGAAAUAGAGCCACUUAUAGUCGAUCAUCAGCCAGAUGAACCAUUAACAACAUUAGCUCCAGAAGUCACUGAAUCCACUUCUACUGAAGCUACUACAGAAGACUCUACUACGGAGUCAACCACGGUAGCAGCUACUGAGUCUAAUACAGAAUCCACUACUGUGGAGGCUACUGAGACUUCUACAGAAUCGACUAGCGUGGCGGCUACUGAAUCGACCACAGAAUCUACUACGAUAGCAGAAUUGACUAGCACGAUAGCUUCAGAAUCAUCUACAGAUAGUACGGUGACUUCAGACUCUUCUUCUACGACGUCUGGAUCUACUGUAGUACCAAUUGUGAUAGAAAAUGCUGAAGGUAGUACAGAGGUACUGAAUGCUACAUUAUCUGGAGUCUUUUUUGGACGUGAUGAAGGCUUAGAAGAAGCUACAACUACCGUAGAAGAUCAAGAAUGGGUCUUUGGUUUCGAUAACUACACUGAGGCUGAUAAUGUUACUCAUGAACCUGAGGUAUGGUGGUAUUUAUAGUAUUUUUUGGGACUAAAAAUUGGAUCUCAGUAUUGGGAAAGGACUGUAUUAUUUAAUGGGCAGAUAUGGUAUUCGGAAUACUGUAGGAAAAACUUUUAUAUUAUGGAGAAUUGUUUUAGUACUAGUACUAUUAUCAUGUUAUUAAGGGUACUAGUAGUACUAUAUAAAGGUUAGUACUACUAGACUCAUAUUGUAGGUAGUUCUAUGAUAUUACCAUAAGCGCGCUUUUAAGGUACUAAUGGUACUGUACAAUGGGUAGGAUAUGGUAGGGUACGAUGCGAUAGAGUAAGGUAGGGUAGGGUAAGGUACAGUAGCGUAGGGUAGCAUAGGAUAGGGUAGGGUACGGUAGCGUAGGGCAAGUCAGGGUAGGGUAAGAUAGAGAAAACAGUAGUACCUUAAACUUGUCUUCAGUACUAUAUAGUAUUAUAUAAUGAUCAGUAUAUCAACUAUCACAGUAAAACUAGUACUAAAUUGAAGUUAAAGAGCUUUGAAAAUUCCAAAAAAAAAUCAAGACCAACAUUACAGUACCCCUUUUUCAGACAUUCAUUUUACCGUACGAUCCACGUAACCUAACUGAAGAAGAACUAUUAGCAUUCGCCGACGACAUUCAACAUCAACAUAUUGUACUCUGGAUGUUGGCAGCCUUAAACUUGAUUGUCUUGAUAUUGUUUGCUCCAUUCGCUUUCUUAUUCCACAAGGCCUACUACAACAAGAGCAGCUUCAAGGUUUUGUAUCGGGUAGGUGGUAAAAUACGUUGGGCAGUGGUGCAUUUAGAAAAAUAUAGCAAUUUAGAUACACAUUUCAGAGUGGGUGGGGUGAUUUUGGGUUUUUUAGUGAGGGGGGGGGUGGUUCGGGGUGACUCCCCCCCAGAGCCGAUCUGAAAAAAAUCCACAGGUAGGUAGGUACUUGUACGUGAAAAAACGAAAAAAAAAUUUCGGAAAAUUGGUCCACAGAUACAAUUGUUGGUGUGAUUCUAUGAACUUUGACUUGUAUUUAUUUAAAAAAUAAAACAAAUUGAAAAAAAAUUUUUUUUAAAGGCUUGAAAUUUUUUACCAUUCCUUUCCUCAAAGUUUCUAAUCUACUUCCAUCUUACCCUAGCUUCACCCUACCCCUACGCUAGCUCUAUCCUAACCUUCCCAAGAACAAAAAUAAUUUUCUAUACCUAAACAUAAUCAACUUUCAGGUCCUCCUAGUAGUAGUACUAAUCUUCCUCCUCUUCGAGGUUUACUUCCUAAUAGAACCCCUGCUGCGUACAGCCUAUAACAUGCCAGCUCAAGUCGACAGAGUACUUCUCGAAGGUACACCAAGACCAAAGUCAGGUUUAGAAGACUUGGAAGAAGCUUUUGCUUGUGAUUUUGAUUAUCAUCCAAUCCUGGUCGAAUUCAACAAGCAAGACCCAUGUGUACCAAAGAUUAAGAACUGGUUGAUACCGGUGAUGUGUGUCAUUUUGAUGAUUGUCAUCUGCUUGGUGCCAUUCUUCUUCUUGGUAUUUACUUGGGCUUGGAACGCGUGUAUUAAGGAUGCACCUGGAGUUAAAAAUGCUAGAGAGACUGUCAAGCAUAAUAUUGAAAACAGGUAAGAGUUUAGGUGUCUGUGGUCUCAUAUAGAUGAUUGUAUAAGCCUCUUGUGAUUUUAAAUAUUAGAGGUUUAUAAAUAAUUUUGAAAGAAACACAUUUUUAUGUUUACUUUUACUAGGGAAAAAUAGAGUUAAGUAAGCUAGAAAAAGGUAGGGUAAGAUAGGGUAAAUUAUGGCAGGAUAGAGUAAGAAAGAAUGAAGUAUAAUAGGCUACAAUAAACUAGGGUAAGAUAGCUCAAGGUUAGGUAGGGUAGGCUAGAAAAAGGUACGGAAGGUUAAGGUAAGGAAUGACAGGAAAGGUUGGUUACUUUAGUAAUAAUUUAUGAUAUAGGAAUAUCAAUUUUAUAAGCUUUGAGGGCCGUAUUAUCCGUAUACUGUAAAACUAAGCCUCCUCUUACUAAGUCUAGGCCCAAGCUUACUGAGCAUAAGUUUACUACUUAAGCCUUUUAAGUCUAAGUUUUUUGAACUCAAGCUUACUAUAGCUUAGCUUACUAAGCUUACGCCUACUUGGUCUACUUCGCAUGCCUUUGCGGUACAAAUUGUUUUUACAAAAGCCUUGUGUAUAAAAAAUAAACAAAAAUUACGGCAUUACCUAACAAUUAUUUAACUGUUAUACAUAGCCUUAGAGAAAUUGCAAGAAAUGGUAUUGCGCAACGUUUUCUUAUGUAAUCUUAUUUAUUUUUGUAAUGUUUGCCUCGAUGUAAAACGACCCAACAAAUGACUGCGAGUACUGGGAUUUUACUCUGAAUUUCAGCGAGGGAUGUCUUUUUAUUUGGCAUUUUUAUGAAUUUUUGCUAAGCCUAAACUGAAGCUUUAGUUGGCUUUGUCUGAGCUUUGUUGGAUUAAGCUUACCAAGAGAAACGUAGAACUGUACUACGGCAGGGCAAAGUAGAGCUAAGACAGGGUAGGAUAGGACAAGGCAGAGCUAAGGUAGUGUGGUUGAUUAGGUCUAGCGUUUGCUUGGGCUAGGACAUGCUAGGGUUACUUUAGGCUGUAGUUUCGAUGAAUUCCAUUUAUUCAACGUAUUUUACUUUCACUCAUUAUAUUAUCCUCCCUUUCAAAAUUCUUUACUAUGCUUAAAUGUUCAAAACCUAUUAUCAAUUCAAAGCCUACAUGUUCGCUAUCUUCCACAAUUUUAAAAUUUAAUUUUUUUUCAAAUAAAAAAACCCACUUUUUCCGAAAACACUGCAGCUUUUUCCUGUGCACACUAUUUCAGACCAAAUUCAGCAAAACCACAAGAGUUGAAGAUAAUUCGUCAGCGGCACGAAGACCAACGACUCUUACCUGUGGUGGUCGAUGUUAAUCACGAUGACGUUGAGGACCCGGUUAUUGACAGCAAAGCUAGCACCAUUAAGCCGGUCGAUUUGGAGACUGGUGCUUAGUUUUUAGUUUUUGCUGAAAAUUGUGAAUUUUUUAAAUUUUUUAAAAUUUUUUGAAAUUUUGAAAUUUUUUAAAAUUUCUCAAAAUUUUUAAUUUUUUUUAGUUUUUUAAGUUUAGUUGAUGUUGUGGCUUAUAAGUUUUUGAGUUCAGCUUAUGUUAUAGCUUAUGAACCUAAGUUUGUGAUGUUGUAGUAGCUUAAACAUCUAAAGUUAACAUCUUCCUAAUGUCAAAUUGUAGUCUUUUUCUAUACAUCAUCAUAUUUUUCAAAAUCAUAACUAAACUUUUCCAAAAAACCUCGACAUACCCCCUAAUAGCAGCUAGAAGAGUGGCUUUAUUAAUAUGAUUUUAGGCAACUGACCAGAGAACAAAUGUUUAACCGAGCCUUGGCCACUAGUGAUUCCCAUUCGCGGUAAGGUAAAUUGUUUUUAAUUUUUUGAUUUUUAUAUUUUUUUGUAAAAAGUUAAGCUGAAACACUAAAAAUGACAUUUUGACGAAAUGUCACGAAGAUAUUGGAAAAAUGACGAAAUGUCACAAAAAUUAUUGGAAAAAUAAAACAGCAUUCUAGUUGUUUUUGACAUUUAUAAGCUGUUUUGUGAUAAGCAGGGCUAUGAAAAUGAUAUUUAAAAAAUUUGACGGAAUGUCACAAAAAUUAUUGAAAAAAUGACGAAGUGUCACAAAACAUUGGAAAUUUAAAAAAUUAUUUUAGUUGUUUUCAAGACUCUUUUUAGCAUUUUUUUAUAAUAACGUUUUGAAAAAUGACGUUUUUAAUAUUUAACGAAGUGUCACAAAAAUUACUGGAAAAAAGAACAAAAAGCCACAUUUUAUAUUGAUUUUUUCAAUUCACCGUAUUUUACAUUAAAGACUUUUGUUUUAGUACCUUCUCCAACAGCUCUAACUUGCCCUUGUAA